AUGGGGCGGCGGGAGGGGCCGGCCGGAAGCAACGUCAGCGCCGGCGGCGGGCCGGAAGGGCGUCACGGGAGCGCCGCCAUGGAGACGGCAGCGGCGGAGCAGCAGCAGCACCUGCGCAGCCUGCGGGACUUCCUGCUGGCCUACAACCGCCUGACCGAGCUCUGCUUCCAGCGCUGCGCCUGCGACCUCAACUACCGGGCCCUCACCGGGCAGGAGGAGGCCUGCCUGGAGGGCUGCGCGGGGAAGCUGGUGCGCUCCAACCACCGCCUGAUGGCCGCCUACGUCCGGCUGAUGCCCGCCCUGGUCCAGCGCCGCCUCUCCGACUUCGAGGCCGCCGCAGCCGCCGCCGCCCCGGACGCCCCGCCGCGCCUCCCGCUGCCCGCCCCGCCCGGGCCCUAGGACCGCCGCCCGGCCCGGCCGCCAAGAGGGACGCGCCCGGCCUGGGAAGCCCCCGGGCCCGCCGCCCGCCUGGCUCAGAGCCUGCGCCUUGCACCGGCGCAGGGGAAGAAACCGGAGCCCCGCCCCGCAGCGUAGCCCAUCCCUGCCCGGCCGCCCCGUGCCCGGGGGAAGGCCUGCGGGGACGUUCCUUGCCUUGGCGCGGGGCCUGAAGCCUUCCCCUCGCUCCGCGCCCCCGUGGCUGUGGCCUCGCCGGCCCUGGUGCCCCCCACCCCGCGGGACAGGAGCAGCUCCAGGGCCGGGCCGGGCCCCUGUAGCAGGGGACUGGGCGGCAGAACCUUAAGCCGAGUCCCGGAUCUACGCUUGCAGCAGGGAGAAAGGAGCAAGAGUCUCAACGGCUGGACUCCACUGUCAGAUUAGGAUAAAUGCGAGUCCCAGUCUAAAGAAAUUAAACUUUUCAUACUCUGAA